CACGUGAUCGCCUGGCUACGGAAGGAAGCGAUUUGUAGGGAGAAUAGAAAAAAGCGUGGCCGUUAUUUGUUGAUUUUCCGUUCAUUAGUGAAAAAUAACAAGAACACGCCGUUAUGGAUGAUGAGGAGGAGACUUACAGGUUAUGGAAAAUUCGAAAAACAAUCAUGCAGCUGUGUCAUGACCGCGGUUACCUGGUGACCCAGGACGAGUUGGACCAGACCCUGGACGAAUUUAAAAGCCAGUUUGGAGACAAGCCUAGCGAGGGUCGACCGCGACGCACAGAUCUCACCGUGUUGGUCGCCCAUAACGACGACCCGACGGAUCAGAUGUUCGUUUUCUUCCCAGAGGAACCCAAGGUUGGCAUCAAGACCAUCAAGAUGUACUGCCAGCGCAUGCAGGAGGAGAACAUCACCCGAGCGAUCAUAGUGGUGCAGAUGGGCAUGACGCCGUCCGCCAAGCAGUCUCUGGUAGACAUGGCUCCCAAGUACAUCCUGGAGCAGUUUCUGCAGCAGGAGCUUCUCAUUAACAUCACAGAGCACGAGCUGGUCCCAGAACACAUAGUGAUGACAAAGGAAGAAGUAACCGAGCUCCUGGCACGAUAUAAACUGAAGGAGAGCCAGUUGCCCAGGAUACAGGCGGGGGAUCCGGUGGCCCGAUACUUCGGCCUAAAAAGGGGGCAGGUGGUGAAGAUCAUCCGGCCUAGUGAGACUGCUGGACGCUACAUCACCUACAGGCUGGUGCAGUGAGUUUGUCUCCCUGACCUCCAGUGGGCGCUAGUGAUCCUGUCCUGUGGUUUUUCCACAACGGAAUGAGACUGUCUUGGAAAGAAAAACAUCGUUUUGUGCUGCAUAUUAAUGAAGAGAAUUUUUUUUUCUCCAAUUUUUUCUCUUUUAGUUGUUUUGUAUUUGUACAUUUCUGUUUUUAAACAGAUGUAAGACCUGUGUCAAUCGAAUGACAAUGUCACUGAAUUAACAAAUUAAAGGCUUAUUUACAAGCUUC